UUGGUGGCGCAGCGCUGUGCACCUGCGACCUGGGUGUGAGCGAGGGCGCCCGCUGGACUCUGGACGGAACCGUGGUCCCUGUGUUUGCUGUCUCUGCUGUUGGCCGCCCUCUCUGUAAGCUUUGUUUCUGGCUGUCCGCAGACAAAGGGCUUGUUCUCUGCUGCACAAGUCGUCUUGGUUGUUCAGCCACGGGCUUCCACCACGGAAUCUCAAAUAGCCUCCAGCUGGGCGUCUCCCGAGGGCAGAGAUGAGGAACCCAGGAGCUCCCCAGGCCGGCUCGGUUUCCCAGGGCUUCCGCGUGAUGUUUUACAUGGUACAGCCCAAUGAGACAACAUUUCAGACCCUAGAAGAGGUGCCGGAUUACGUAAAACAGGCAACUCCGAUUUUCAUUUCCUUGAUGCUGCUGGAACUGAUUGUCAGCUGGAUUCGCAAAGGGAAGCUACCAGGUGGUCUGGAUGAUGCUUUAACAUCCAUGUCAGCAGGUGUGCUGUCCCGGCUUCCAGGACUGUUUUUCAGGAGCAUCGAAGUGACCAGUUACAUUUAUGUCUGGGAGAACUACAGGCUCUGCAAUUUGCCUUGGGAUUCCCCAUGGACUUGGUACUUGACCUUCUUAGGAGUUGACUUUGGCUACUACUGGUUCCAUCGCAUGGCUCAUGAGGUUAAUAUUAUGUGGGCUGGACACCAAGCACAUCACAGUUCUGAAGACUAUAACUUAUCCACAGCACUGAGACAAUCUGUCUUCCAGAUAUAUACUUCCUGGAUUUUCUACUGUCCUCUGGCACUCUUCAUACCACCUUCAGUGUAUGCUGUGCAUCUCCAGUUCAAUCUCCUCUACCAAUUUUGGAUCCACACAGAGGUCAUCAGUAACCUAGGUCCCUUGGAACUGAUUCUUAAUACUCCCAGCCACCAUAGAGUUCACCAUGGUAGAAAUCGUUACUGCAUCGACAAAAAUUUUGCUGGCACUCUUAUUAUCUGGGAUAGACUGUUUGGGACGUUUGAAGCAGAGAAUGAGAAGGUUGUCUAUGGCCUAACACAUCCCAUCAAUACAUUUGAACCCUUCAAGGUCCAGUUCCAUCAUUUAUUGUACAUGUGGACUACCUUCUGGGCCACCCCUGGAUUCUUCAAUAAGUUUUCUGUCAUAUUUAAAGGACCAGGAUGGGGUCCAGGUAAACCAAGGCUUGGGCUGAGUGAAGAAAUUCCACAGGUUACAGGCAAAGAAGUUCCCUUCUCCUCAUCUGCAUCUCAACUGCUAAAGCUCUACGCAGUUGUGCAGUUUGCACUGAUGCUUGGAUUUUACGAAGACACCUUUGCAGAUACGGCUGUGCUGUCACAGGUAACGCUCCUUCUGAGGGUCUGCUUCAUUAUCCUGACCUUGACAUCCAUUGGAUUUCUUCUGGAUCAAAGACCCAAGGCUGCUAGUGUGGAAACCCUUCGUUGCUUGAUGUUCCUGAUGCUGUUCAGACUUGGUCAUCUGAAGCCACUGGUCCCUUCCUUGUCAUUUGCUUUGGAGAUUUUUUUCUCCAUUUGCGUUGCCUUCUGGGGAGUGAGGAGCAUGAAACAACUUGCCUCCAGCCCGUGGAAAUGAGCUGAGUUUGUGCACAAGAGUCCGUUCAUAACAAUGUAUAUUCCUGCAUGUGGAACUAUGAUUGUCUUAUGUAAUGCUUACAUGAACUACUUCUUUAUGCUUUCUUGCUUUCACAUUUAUGGCUUUCUAUUAAAAUUAAAAGCAGUUACAAUUACUUUUAUUUUGAUAAUUGAAAAACAAAUGAUUUCAAGUAUGACAAAGCUAUGUUCACUGGUAGCAUCUUAGACUUGUAGAAGAGAAAAUGCAAAAAAAAGAACAAAGGAUGAAUAUUGCAUUUGCUUUUUUUGUUUUUGACAACAUUGCCCUGAUGUUUCAAAGGACUUACAAAAAGCUAAGGCAAAGUGAAACUAAAAUGAUAAGCUAAUUUUGGCCAAAAAUUUUGAAAUUCAUGCAAAUGAGGGAUUGUCAAAAGUUCACAGAACAUGCAUAUUAUGAAAAAAAAAAUCGUGCUUGGGGUUCAGGCAUGCUUUGCACCAAAAUAAGCUUAUCUGUAUAUUUCAUUUGAAGGUACCCUUGUGUUUGUCAUCAUGAAAAUUUAUUAAUUAGUUGUCUGCCUAAAGCUGGAUUUAUCUUUUCAAACUCAUGUAAAAUGAAGAGCUACAUUACAGAAAAAGACAUCACUGAAAUGAAAAUUAAUAAAUUUUGUCAAAAGUAGUUUGUUCAGUUGACUAAAUUGUGAUAUGUUCAUCUAAUAUGCUUGGUCAAUUUGCUUUGCCAGUUAAGGACCAUUCCUUAUCAAUAAUUCCUGUAUCAAGAGUUGUCACGAUUAAUAUUAAUAAAAUUCUCUAAAUAAAAUUG